UUGAACAGCAACUAGGCUCUUCAAUUCCCUUUUCCCCUCUUCCCCAGCUCCUUUGUUAGGUUUUCUUCCAGUGAGCUCUUUUUGCUCAUAUUCAGAUCUUCACUUAUUUCCUAGUUGUUACUACUGCCUUUGAGUAUUGACAGCUUCAUCCUGCCAACUCAGCUCAAUCUUCCUCUGAAGUUUCAGUCUUUGUUUCUGAAUCUCUUCAGUGUUCAGAGGGGAAGUUCUGCCAAAAAAUUUCUCUGGCCAUCCAUUUUCCAAGGGGAGAUUCUGCCAAAAUUUUCAUCUCUGUCCAUCAAUAUUCCUGGGGAGGUUCUGCCAAAAUUUUCUCUGAAAUCGGUUAAUUUAUAAGGGGAGGUUCUGCCGAAAUUUUCGCUGGUCAUCAAUCUUCCCUUUGUUGACAUACCCUGCAUAAGUAUAUACAACAAACAUAUAACUUUUUGCAAGGUAAGAAGGAGUUUUUAUCUGUUCUUGAUGAUAGACUCCUAGAGAAGUUGUCCUAGUUGUGUAGAUGUUGUUGCUCAUCAUCCCUGAGCACCUCCUCUCUAGAUUUAUGACUGGCCCAGCCAUAACCCAGCUUGUUCAGUCCUUCUCUGUUGUCUUCCUCUACUGGUUCUAUGUCUUCUCAGUAAGCUCCCUGUAGUUGUAGCCUUUUGAAAUUACAAGACUUAUUUAUACAACAUAAUUAUCAAGGCAUCCACAUAUAAACUACAAGGUAUAUAUAUAUAUAUAUAUAUAUAUUUACAAAAAGAAAAGGAAUAAGAGGGAGUAAAAUUGUUGCCGGUGCGAAAAAAAAAAUUGUUGAGAGGUGACCAUGUCGAGUGGGACCUCGUCCGGGUCGAGCCAGGGAACCCGGAGCUCCAGGUCGGAAGAUGACCUGAACCUCCAGGCCCAGAUGGAGAAGAAGAGGAAGAGGAGGAAGGAGUCGAACCGAGAGUCGGCUCGGAGGUCUAGGAUGAGGAAGCAACAGCACCUCGACGAACUCACCUCGCAGGUGAACCAGCUGAAGAAUCAGAACCAGCAGCUGAGCAUGGCACUGAGCCUGACCACACAGAACCUUGUGGCAGUGCAGGCACAGAACUCAGUGCUGCAAACCCAGGAGUUGGAGCUGCAGAGCAGGCUGUGUGCCCUAACUGACAUCCUGAUGUGCAUGAACAACACCAGUGCUACUCCUACUCCUACAAUUCCAGCCACCACUACAAGUGCUUGUGAUAUUUUUGGUGCCAGCUCAUGGAACCAGCCACCCAUAGACUUGUACCAGUACCAGUGCUUCUGAUCUAGGAAUAAGAAGAGGGUUGUUGUGGUAGUGUGGGUAGGACCAGAAGCCAUCAAGUAAUGUUUCAAUCAUGUAGGGCCAUUGUUGUCACUGUUAAUGUAUGCAAUUCAAUCUUAAUUGCCUGCUGUAGGGGACAGGGAUAUUUGCUCUUUCUUGUAGCUGUUGGUGGUAGAGGGAUUACCAGAUGGCAAAAUGGUGCUUUGGCAAUGUGUUAGGUGGGGCUGGUUUUGGUUGUUAAGGGUAGGGAGGAGAAAAUUGGUAGGUUUUUCUUGAGCAUGCAAGAGGGGAGGCAAAGGAUUUUGUGUAAUGAUGCUCUUCAAGGAAAGUAUUCAUAAUUAUGAUUAUAAUGUAAUAUGUGGAUUUGGUGGAUCUUCAUAGGCCAA